AUGUCGUGUAACCGGCCCACGCGUGUCGAGGACGUGCCUCGCACCCCCGAGGCGCAAACUGCAUACGAAUCAAGUACGCCCGAAGACCCUGGAACCAACAUGUUAGGGAAAAGUGAGUUGUCAGAAUUUGAACAGCAGCGUUUGGCAAACAUUGCCGAGCGCGAUGCGCUGUUGAAAAAACUUACUCUCGAGUCUCAAUCCUCGGGGCUCUUCGCAAGUCCCAAGACUCCCGGCACCAAUGGCGCAAAGCCGAAGAAGCGUCCAACCCCAAAAGUGAAAACCGAGGAAGAGGCGGUUACGCCUCGGCGAACAUCCUCACGCCUCAAGGGCAUUGCAGCCGAAAGUGAAGUAGCAAAGCGCAAGGCCGACGACGAGUAUGAGGCGAUGCGCGAAGCGGAUAGACUCAAAGAGGAUGCGCCGGACAGACUCGUUCAGCCAGGCGGAUAUCUGAGCGCCGAUAGCUUGAUCGGCGUGGAUGUCAUUACAAAGGGUGUUGCGAAACCCUAUGAACGAACCUUCGGAGAUGACGAAAUUGAAAAGACGACAGAUAAAGACCUGAAGGCUCUUCGGGAGGAGAUGAACGGGCUUCAAUUGUGGGAAUCUUGGGACCCUCAACGGAUCAAGAUUACCCCGGAGCGUGUAUACAGCAUGGCCUUUCACCCGUCUGAAUCGAAACCCCUCAUUUUUGCGGGCGACAAACUGGGCCACCUGGGCAUGUUGGAUGCCUCUCAGGAAAAGCCAUUGGCGGGCGAAGACGACGACGAUGAUGACGAUGACCCGGACCCAGUCCUCACCACCCUCAAGCCACAUACCCGGACCAUCAGUGCAAUGAUGGUCAACCCAUCAAAGCCAACACACCUGUACACGGCCAGUUACGACAGCUCCAUCCGAUCCCUGGACUUGGAGAAGAUGGUGUCUUCAGAGACCUAUGCUCCUGAAUCCACCAACGUUGACGAGGCGCUUUCCGGAGUAGACAUGGCACCCGAUGAUCCGAACACCUUGUACUGGACUACAUUGCAAGGUGGAUUCGGGCGGUAUGACACCCGAACACCACGAAAAGACAGUAACGUGUCCAGCUGGGAACUUUCGGAAAAGAAAAUCGGAGGCUUCACACUGUGUCCCUCCCAGCCAAAUUACUUCGCAACGGCAAGCCUGGAUCGAUUCCUGCGGUUAUGGGACUUGCGCAAACUCUCGCCGGAUGAUCCCACUCCAGUAGCCGAGCACGAAAGCCGGCUGUCGGUCUCCCACGCAGCUUUCAACGCUGCUGGGCAGAUUGCGACGUCGUCAUACGAUGACACGUUGAAAAUCUACGACGUUGGUGCAAAGGGCCUUUCUUCGUGGAAGCAGGGCCACAAGCUUGGAGAAAAGGACUUUACUCCCGACACAGUUGUCCGCCACAACUGCCAGACUGGCCGCUGGGUUACCAUUCUCCGCCCUCAAUGGCAACUGAACCCGCAAUCUCCCAUCCAGCGGUUCUGCAUUGGCAAUAUGAACCGUUUUGUCGAUGUGUACAGUAGCAGUGGUGACCAGCUUGCCCAGCUUGGUGGCGACGGUAUCACCGCUGUUCCUGCUGUGGCUGUCUUCCAUCGUAGCAAGAACUGGGUUGCUGGUGGCACCGCUAGUGGCAAGCUCUGCUUAUGGAAGUGA